AUGGCCCUUGUCAAAACCGCUUUGUCGACCAACAACUCGACGCUGCUGGAUACAGGCGUCGAGUUUCCCAAAGGCCCCGAAGACACCGUCUCUGCCCUCCGCUGGUCGCCCGCGUUCAAUCACGUGGCGGCCGCGUGCUGGGACGGCCAUGUCUACAUCUACGAUGUCACCCAUUCGACGACUAUCGGGGGCAUCAAGGGCAUCCGUUCUAUAACGGCCAAUGCCGCCUUUCUCGACUGCGACUUUAGCAAGGACGGAACCCUAGCCGCCGCCGGCGCCACAGACAACAAAAUCCACGUAAUAGACCUCGCCUCAGGCAACACCAUGGCCUUGGCAGGUCACGGGGCGCCCGUCCGUGCAGUGCGCUUCGUCGACAUCCCCCGCGCCGGCACCCACGCGCCAUUGCUCGUCUCGGGCUCGUGGGACCGGACGCUGUGUUACUGGGACCUGCGCCAACCCCAGCCCAUCGGGCGCAUCUCGCUCAGCGAGCGCGUCUAUGCGAUGGACGCCUCCGGCCCGCUGCUCGCCGCCGCCACCCCGGACCGCCAGAUCCAUCUCGUCCAUCUCGAUGGCGGGAACCCGCUGGCCGUCUCCAAAAAACUCCAGUCCCAGCUCGUGCACCAGCCAUCGUGCAUCGCUGUUUCUGCUGACGGCUCACAUUGGGCCGCCGGCAGCAUCGAGGGACGGGUUGACACCCGGGCCGUUGAUGAGAAGGAGGGCCAAAAGUUCAACUUCACCUUCAGAUGCCACCACCGCCCUUCCUCAACGUCGCCCAAGUCAGUCACCGAGAUCUACGCCGUCAACGCCCUCUGCUUCUCCCCGCGCCGCAGGGAUGUGCUCGCCUCUGCCGGCUCCGACGGGACCUUAUUCAUCUGGGACCUUGGCCGCCACCAGCGUCUAAAGUCCCUGCCCGCUCUCGACGGCGCAAUCACGGCUAUGGCGUUCAGCAGCAGCACCAGCAACACCAGCAAUACCAACAACAACCGCGACAAGCUUGUGUAUGCCGUCGGCUACGACUGGGCGAAGGGGUACAGAGGUAAUACGGCCACGUACCCGAGGAGGAUUGUGCUUUGUGAUGUUGGAGAUCUUGGUUCCGGGAAGAAAUGA